CCCUACCUUGUGGCAUUGCCUCAAAGUAUAAGAACCACGACAAACACUUCGAUACAUAGAUCGAUAUGGCUACUUUCCACUACCUGCUCCUCUUAUCCUUGCUCUUGCUCUUGUCCUACUCCGACGCAGCUGCACCGAGGAAGCUCGUCCUCGUACAGCAGCCACCUCUCGUCCUCAAGUACCAUAAUGGCCCCCUCCUUAAAGGUGACUACACCCUGAGCCUGCUCUUCUAUGGCCGCUUCUCGGCCGCCCAACGGGCCAUCGUGGCCGACUUCAUCCGGUCCCUCUCCCCCAACGGGGCCUCCCCCCCACCGCCCUCAGCCGCCUCCUGGUGGCAAACCAUCGCCCGGUAUGGCGGUGCUGCCGUGCACUUCUCCCUCGGCCCGCAGCUUAUCGACGAGUCAUACUCCAAGGGAAAGCUGCUCUCCUCCUCCGACGUGGCCACCUUGGCUGCUAGAGCGGCGUCCGGGAGGGGUUCCAGGGCCAUCAGCGUGGUCGUCACCGCGGCGGACGUGGCGGUUGACGGCUUCUGCUCGAGCCGGUGCGGGACGCACGGACGACUUCCGGGCUCGGCCGGGUUCGUCUGGGUGGGCGACUCGGCGAGCCAAUGCCCGGGCCAGUGCGCGUGGCCCUUCCACCAACCGCUCUACGGGCCGCAGACCCCGCCGCUGGUAGCUCCAAACGGCGACGUGGGGAUGGACGGAGUCGUCAUCAACCUGGCGACGCUGCUGGCUGGGGCGGCGACGAACCCCAACGGCGACGGCUACUACCAGGGGCCAGCGGAUGCGCCGCUGGAGGCGGUGACAGCGUGCACGGGGGUGUUCGGCAGCGGUGCUUAUCCCGGGUACCCGGGUAAAGUCCUGGUGGACCCGUCAAGCGGGGCCAGCUACAACGCGAAAGGAUUGGGCGGGAGAAAGUAUUUGUUGCCUGCGAUGUGGGACCCGGUAACGUCUCAGUGCUCCACGUUAGUCUAACGCGGGCGUCGAAGCGGGUAUCUUAAAAUUACAGAAAGAUCGACGGAAAUACUUGUAUUAAACAUGUGGCCCUCUUAGUAAAGAGAAUAAAAUUAUUACUGUCGAAAGGGAAUAAACGUUCCGUCCUUUAACUAAAGGGGAUAGGAAACGAUGCUAUAUAUUGUCCGUUGAAAGUUCCGCUUAGUAAAGAGAUAUGAUUGUUGACAAUGCUGUCAAA